AUGGUGCUAUUGCGAGAAGGGAUGUGCCCUGGACUGGAUCAAGAUUUGGUUCGUCGUUUGCGAGACGUUCACGUCAAAACAGUGGAAGACUAUGUCUCGUCGGACAUCGAGGACCUUGCACGAAAAUGUUCGGCGUCAUAUACGGCUCUGAUGGCCAUCCGCAGGGUGCUGCUAGCCCAGCACGCCGCCUUUCCUGUGUCGGGGGCCGACCUCUAUGAUGAGCUCCUUAGUUCCUCCGCCAUCCUCGCCACCGGAAACCCUGACCUGGACACGUUGCUUGAUUCUGGCGUGUACACGGGUGAGAUCACAGAGCUGGCGGGAGGGCCUGGAAGUGGAAAAACUCAAGUGUGUAUGGGCCUAGCGGCGACCGUGUCGCACCGCCUGAAGCAAAACGUGAUUUAUGUGGACACCACAGGGGGGCUUACAGCAGGGCGUCUGCGCCAAAUGCUACAAAGCCAGACAAGUAGCCACGACCAGCAGAUGGAAGCUCUCCAGAGGAUCACCGUCUACCGUGCGUUUGACGUCUUCUCGCUGCUCGACUGUCUGUACCGUCUCAGCGCCAACGGCGGCAGGCUUCGGCAGGCGUGCGGCAGCUGCGUUAAGGCACUGAUCGUGGACUCCGUGUCGGCCGUCAUCGCACCUCUGCUUGGAAGCAAAUAUCAGGAAGGCAUGUUAAUGAUGAACCAAGUAGCAAUCUCCCUCAAAACCAUGGCCAAGGAUUUCAACUUAGCUACUUUGGUGACCAAUCACGUGACGCAGAAUGACGAGGGCGAGGUGCAGCCUGGCCUAGGGGUGUCAUGGAGUCACGUUCCCAGAACCAGAGUCCUCUUGGAGCGACUUCCUGACGCCGACCGACCCACUCUGCGAUCCGUCACCCUCGUCAAGUCAUCCAGGCAGCCGUGUUUGUUACGGGCCGAGUUGGACCUUCAAUGGUGGAGUCACUCCGAUUCCGAGGCGUCGAGAAAAACAGAGUUGGACAGAGGAAAUUCCUGA